UGGAGAAUCCAUUUUUAGAACGAUUCCGUUUGUUUUCUAAGUAGGAGGUACUAGGCCCUCCCAAAACCCAUUUCUUUGUUUGUUAGUUGAAUACGAGAACAGAGUCCACGCAGUUACCCACUGGAUUGUCAAUUUUAAAUUUAGUCUGAAGCCGCGUCCGUCAUUUGAAAGAUAUCUGGCAGAAUCUGAGCACUGAAUAUUUGUACAUAUUUAGUUCAACUGGAGUACCAAAUCUUAAUGAUGCCAAUCGGCUCUCAUCCUAAUUUGAUUAAAUCGGAUACCACCACCAUUGGAAUAGAUUGGAAUAUUGGAUCUUCAAUGGUACAUAUGGUCAAUGGAUUCCAAACAAUAGACAAAUUCGAUGUACAAAAGACUGCUUAAGGUAUGUUCAUACCAGAUACUUUAAGAAGCUGUAUGAUCGAGACGGACGUUUCUUCUUAUUUGCAAACAUCGUCGACAGGACAGGAUGAAUUUCACCCCUUUAUUGAGGCGCUUUUACCGUACGUCAAAUCAUUUUCAUACUCUUGGUUUAACUUACAAGCCGCCAAACGAAAAUAUUAUAAAAAACACGAAAAACGAAUGUCUUUAGAAGAGGAAAGACAUUGUAAGGACGAACUACAGAAUGAGAAAACGGAGGUCAAACAAAAAUGGGCUUCCCGCCUUCUUGGGAAACUUAGAAAAGAUAUAACACAAGAAAGUCGGGAGGAUUUUGUGCAAUCAAUAAUAGGCAAACGUAAAUCUAUUUGUGUUCUAUCAAAUCCUGAUCAAAAAGGCAAAAUGCGACGCAUAGACUGUUUACGACAAGCUGAUAAAGUAUGGCGACUUGACUUGGUCAUGGUCAUUCUUUUUAAAGCAAUUCCCCUAGAAAGCACAGACGGAGAGCGGUUAGAAAAAAACCCAGAAUGCUUGCAUCCAGGACUUUGUGUCAAUCCGUAUCACAUCAAUGUCUCUGUCAGAGAGUUGGAUUUGUAUUUGGCUAACUUUAUAAAUACUCACAAUUCGGUCAAUCCAGCAUUGUCAACAGCACAAGCAGUGGAUUCAAGGUCUUCAAGCUUGACAUUAUACACACGCAAUAAUAAUCCUUUGGAGAGAAAAGAAGAUGGCGUUGAUAUAAAAAAUGAAGGCGUGAGACACAAUCCUUAUAAUGGAGUUGUUUGUAAUGAUAUUAUUUUAGCGACUGGAGUAUUCUCAUCGCAGGAACUCUGGACAUUGUCGAAAGAUUCAAUAUUGGAUGAAGCCAGUGACAAUAACCUACACUCAAGCCUUAUUAAGAGGGAAAACGUGGGGGCUAUCUAUGAUUGCAACACAUAUCAAAUGAAUUCCGAAUCUUCAAUGCCUGGCUCCCAGAGUUUAGUCCAAGCUGCGGCAAUUGUAGCGAAUCCAAUUCCUGGGGGUUAUAGUAUUGACUUUGUAGAUCAGAGGACUAUGCAUUUAUCACAAAGUCCGUUACUAAACACAGAAGCGACCAAUGGCGGGUCUACUGAUGCCGGUAAAGUCGAUCAAAGCAACUCGCCUCCGAUUGUUUCUCGGCCGAGUCCUGCAGCUGAAAACUGCACCAGUAGCUUUUCCGUAAUCCUUCGAGCAACAGAAAGUAAUAUCUCAAAUGGAGAGUCAACAGCCAAUUCGGACUCAGCCACCCCUUUACACCGCUACACGUCGCUUAACAGUAGACCAACACCUCAAUUUCGCUCUCCAGAAGGUAUUUCCCACCCGAAUUGCUCCUCACUGCAUUCGACUUCUAUUAGCCCGGUUAAUACGCUGUAUUACCCGCAGCAUAGCAACAUAAGGCCUUCUACAAUAGUUGACGAAGACCAAUGUCACCGUGCUGUUGCUGACAAAUAUUCUACGGAAUCCCAUGACAUUUCUGACUUUGUCACAUACGUUUGUCAAGAUGCUGGUCACUCAACAACAAUAUCAACAGGAACUAUUGAUCAUGCGUUUCAACAUGCACAUCCACAUACGCACGUUUCUCAUAGCCAUCCCCCCCAUUUUCAAAUUCACCAGCAACUGAGGAAUUCGAAAUUGGCUACUUCGCCAUCGACUCAUUAUCAUAGCACAAUGCUACCGCCGAUGUUGCCACCGAUGGCACGACCAGUAGCAAUUAUACGAACUAGUGGAGACUUGGCAAUGGUUCACUCACCUCCUUCACCCCCGGUUUCGACAAACCAUUCUCCGAAUGUUACUAAUAAUACCCUUUGCGUCACAAAAAAUGGUUUGGAGCCAGAAAAUAGUAGAAAUACAAAUAAUAUAGAGGGCAACAACAGUCCAAUUAAUACAGAUACAAGUUCACAUAGCGUUAACUGCACUACUCUUGUGACAUCUACUUCACCCCAACCUCAACCCCAGGCACCGUUAUCAACAAGUCCACACGCCUAUCUUGAAAAUGGACGAUGUAAACUUUCACCAGUAGCUUCCAACUCUUUAAGUCGUAUUACCACGCAAAUGUAUCCAUCAUCCAAUGGAAGGGAAUAUUUUAACCACUUUCAUUCGCAAUCAACAUCGCUGCUGGGAUACGCCGGUUCUAUUUCCACAAUGUCUGGUGUAAUAAGUCCGACAAACUUGAGCCUAUACUCUGCUCCAACUAUGGCUGUAGCUCGUUCUAGUGCUAGGACUCGAUGGAACGACGACGAGCUAAACUUAAUUCCACACUCUGUAUCUAGUACAAAUAUAGAAAAUACACAAGUUAUAUUAAUGGAAGAUUCUUCAAAUCGUUAUAUCGAUGAAUACUCAGCUAACUCAAAUCGUGACUAUGUGUCAUGAUCUAACGCCAAAAUCUCAUAAAUUGGACGCACACUCGUAAGGCUUGGGCAUGCCAAAAUAUAUAUUUAUUAAAUACAAACAUACAAAGACACACAAACAAAAAAUAAAUAUUUAAACUAAUCGAUGAACCAAAAAAUGAAAUAUUGAUACGUCGAUUUAUCACUGGAGGAAGUGAUAAUAUUUUGCCGGCAACCCAAUUAACUAAGUAAAAUUGUAUUAUUAUUAACGGUGCUUCGAUAAUGAAUAACUGAAUACUGAAAUUUAAUCUUUUUACUGAGAGGUGUGCCUAUGUUAUUUGAUUUUAAUUUAUCUUACGAUCAGAUAUGACCCUAUUUUUAUUCAAAAAUGUAUAUUGACUAUCAUUUUCGCUUCUUAUUUUUAUAUUCUAAGAAACGAUAACAAUCGAUAUGUUAUAAAGUUAUAUAUUUGAAAUUAUUUUUCUUAUCUCAGUCCUUUAUGAAAAAUACAUCUUAUGACAAUAUAAGAUCUAGUGACAGCAACAAUAACACGGUAAUUUACAAAUGUGUAAUAUCGUUAAUUACAUGACUAGUCAAAAAUAAAAUGUACAAAAGGUACAUGGAAAAAAAAAUAAUUUCAAUAGAUGGUAGUGCAUGUGCCCACUUAUUUUCUUGUUAGUGCUAAACAAAUUCUCUUUAAUAUGAUUUAAAUUUAUGGUUACAGUGCCCACUGGCCCAAGAAAGCUGAUGUACCCCUCCAGCUACCUAACAAUCUUAACCAAAACUGUGGUUUAAAUGUAUGUACAAUAUGUAUGCAUGUAAUAUUCAAUAUAUUUUCACUCAAAAUGGUCUAUUUGGGUGAAAGUCGAUUGACAAAACAGAGCCUACUUAGUAUUAAAUAAUAACGUCUCGUGGCUUACCAAACAGAAAAGCGUGCAUGUGUUUAUGUGAAUUCACGAAAACAUGUGUACAUACAUACAUAUAUUCAUACAUACAUAUGUAUGUACAUUUACAAUAGUCAGUCCUAGAAAGUAGACAAUAUAUUAUUAAUGUAAUAGCGAAAAAUGGCGUAAUGAAGGAUUUUUACACAGAUAUAUGUACAUAGCUGCAUAUGUUACGUAUAAAUCGGAGAUAGGCGAGGCGUAGCAAAGAAUAACGGAUAACAUUUUUUAUAUGCCUUGUUAUUGUGUACAUUGUAUUACCUCUUUUAAAAAAGUAAUAUUAAUAUUAUUUUAUUAUUUAUUCAUAUGCUUACAUACAUACACAUGUAUCUAAAAUACUAAGAAAAUAUGAAACUGGAAAGACGUAUACAAACUAAUGGAUUACAUUUUAAAACUUUAGUACAAUAAUAGUUGUAAGUUGACGGCAAAGGGCAUGUGAAAAAAACGAAACAAUAUUUAUAGUACGUUUAAUAAUUGGCUGUGAAUACUAUCUUAUGCUAAAGCUGUUUGUAAUUUAGGAUAAGAAGCAAGUGCUAAUUAUUACCACGUAUUCGAUAUUAUUAUAAUAUAUAUACAUGUAUAUACACAUGUUUAAUUCAAAUAGACUGUACGCAAAAGAGACUUUUGCUAAGAGUUAAGAGUAUAUUUUGUUAAAAUAAACAACAUUCUUAUA